UUAUUGUAUUUCUGUUUCUAGGUUCAGCUACCAGAGCACCAAAUCCGACAACUAUGCAUGGCUUCAAGGGCUAUUUUCUUGGAGCAACCUAUGUUACUAGAACUUGGUGCGCCAGUCAAUGUUAUUGGAGAUAUUCACGGACAGUAUGAAGACCUUCUACGGCAUUUCGAUAACUGUGGCUACCCUCCGAAAGCAAACUAUAUCUUCCUCGGGGAUUACGUCGAUCGAGGGUGUCACUCACUAGAGACCAUUUGUCUCGUACUAGCCUACAAAGUGAAAUACCCACAGAAUUUCUUUCUUCUACGAGGGAAUCAUGAAUGUGCUUCAAUCAACAGAAUUUAUGGUUUUUACGACGAAUGCAAGCGGAGAUAUAAUAUAAAAUUAUGGAAAACUUUUACAGAAUGUUUUAACUGUUUGCCAAUAGCGGCCCUUAUUGAAGGAACUAUUUUAUGUAUGCAUGGAGGAUUAUCGCCAGAUUUGAUUGACUUAAACCAGAUCCGAGAAAUAGAAAGGCCCCUUGAUGUUCCAGAUCAUGGUUUAGUUUGUGACCUUCUUUGGUCAGAUCCUGAUGAGGAUAUCGCUGGUUGGGGUGAGAACGAUCGCGGAGUUUCCUUUACCUUUGGAGGAGACGUUGUUCGGGAAUAUUUAAAGAAGCUUGAUUGCAGUUUAAUGGUUCGUGCGCACCAGGUUGUGGAAGAUGGAUAUCAAUUCUUUGAAAAGAGGAAGUUAGUAACCUUAUUCAGUGCCCCGAACUACUGUGGUGAGUUUGACAAUGCAGCGGCAGUUCUCAUUAUUGAUGCAGAUCUUACCUGUUCAUUCAAGAUUUUGCCACCUACCAAAGGAAAAACAUAUUUUGUAGACCAGAAAAGCAAGAAGUAGUAUAAUUUAAUAAUAAUGAUCAAUAUUAUGCAAGGUAGUACCUUAAAAGAUACCCACACAGUCCAAAACGGAACCUCCCAAAAAACAGCACCGAAUCCCUGCUCACCUGGUGAAACCAAAAAACAGGACCAUUCUUUACAACUUUUUUCAGUUAUUUUACUUUAUACUUAUUUUUAUCCUCCAACCCAAAACCUCAUUACAUAUUUUUACACUUUGCUGUUGUUAUUUGUUUGUGUGUUCUUUUCUAAUAAAUAUUUUUAUCUUUUUUCUUAACAUACAUAUGCAGCCACAUUAUUUUACAUAAUGAUUUUUUUAUCUAUUUCACCACACCAUCAUUGUUAUUGUACUAAAUCCACUCCCUCCUUCCCUUACACACACACACACACACACACAUACACAAACACACACACACACAAACGUACGUAUGUAUACAUACUUAUAUUCUAUAUUUUGCAUUAACAAUGCUACAAAUAGUUUCACAUGGGAAGACUGCAGUUUUUGAAGUGUUCAUCUUAAGAAUGUUGGUAAUCACCCAGUAUGUUGGGUGAGACUACCAUGCACUGGUAGCAAUGUUAAUCAACUAAUAAAGAAUAAAGUUUACACCAAAA